AUGGCCGGGAAGGAGUACACAAUCGUCGUGCUCUCGUCUUCUCCACCUGCUCCCGAUGUGUACAACUCCCCGCACUAUGCGGCGCCGAACCGACGCGUCGCAAUGCCGCCAUCCUCGCCGUUCGCCCUCUCUCCACCCUCGAGCCCAAGAAAACACGUCCCCGGGGCAUUGACAUCCGGAUCACGAGCUGUUCCCAUUCCUGGAGAGGCUACAAGAGGGUUCGCCACCGUGAGCAGCCUUGUCCGCUCGGAGCACUUCGCAAAUCGGCUGGACGACGAGCCUGCAGAGUUGCAACAGAUCGAGUCGCAUGGAAGUUUGCUUGAAGGCAUAGAGGAAUCUGCAAGGAAGCCCCGAACGCGAGGCACGAAGGAUGCGACAGCCCCAAACCGUGAGAAGCCAAAGCCAAAGCCAAAGCCAAGGGGGCGGAAAACAAGGGUAGAAAAAGAGCUGUAUAGCGACACUGUUCCUAACGACCCUGAACUUCGUCUUCCCCGCACCACAAAACCGCCGUGUUUUGACAGUGCAGAUGCGCAGGCAACACUCGAGGCUUCGGCUGGGCCUGCAGUGCAUGCGCCGAAGUUGACAAAGGCAGGCAAACCGAGGAAACCACGGGCAAAGAAGGAGAAGGUCGACACUGGUGGCACAGAGGCUAAGCCGAAAAGGACGAGGGUCACGAAACCCAAGGCAGCUGUCAAGACGGACACUGCGCAACGGAAAGCUGCAGAUGCUAUCAACAACUCGGAAGCGCCAGGGGCAGCAGUCGAUGCGGAGUUUCAAGAUGUGUCAAUAUGGAAUGUCCCUCAAAGUCCUCGAUCAAGACUUGAAGCGCUGCAGGGACCUCCAAAUCCUCUAGCAGAGCGUCUUGACCUUGAAGAAGCAGUAACCAGAAGGAGAGAUUGGACACCCCCCAGAGAUACCGCAGCUCAAAGCCCGUCUACCGUUUCAACUGGCAAAGAAAACAGGCCUUCGGGGCACAACGCUUCGACAGGCACUUUUACCCAUCUUAUUCACAACUUCACAUACGAAUCCCCGACCGCCAAGGUUACGGGCAAUGCUGCAAUGCCAGCUGCAGCAAAUCCCGGCGUGACAAAGCGCCGCAGAGUCGAGCUCAUUGACCUUCCUGGCGUUCAGACCACCUCCAGAGCAUCGUCUCCGGAGAAAGGCAUGGCACCCAAGAAGAAACCGCGUACCAUCACAGAUUUGGUGACUGGUCAGUAUGCACCAAAGGAAACAGACAGGGACGCCCAAGCCGUCACGAGCGAUUUCUUCUCUCCGCAGACAAGCACGACGAAAAUGCCCUUGAACGACGUUGCUACACUUAGCCUUGAGGCACCUCUGAAGAAGCCGCCACGGAAGCGCUCAAAGUCAAGAAAUGGCUCAGAAGCUGCGAAAACGAACUCAAAGCCUCGCAUAAGGAAAACCUCGACGAAGCCUCCUGCCAAAUCGAAGCCUGUUACUGAGAAGCUGCUAAGUCCGACAUCUGCGGUCCUUCGCCUGAGUCGGCAGGAGGUUCUGUUUGGCACAUCGAGUCAACUUGCGUUAGAAGAGUCGCCUACGACUGUACGACAGAUACAAAAAGCGCUUACCGAAUCAGAACACGAUAUGGGGGCGGUUCCUCCCUUCCUGCUAGAUAAUACCCCACGCUGGCCCAGACUGCAUAAGAUUCAAGGGAAGAGGGGGCUGUGGAGAGAGAGUACCAGAGAUAAUGAGGGCGGUCUUCUCGAGAACAUCGAGAACGUCUACAUUCCAGAGCCCGAUCGGACUGAAAAUUUACCACUACUCGUGGAUGUCGCCCGUGUAGAGCCAAGCCUGCCUCCCGAUUUCGUAGACAUUGAUGAAAUUGAGCAUGGUACCAUCGCGAUCUCGUCGGACCCUCCGACCCCGCUGAGGGCGAAGCUGCUGACACAAGUCGUCGAUCAGACCCUACGCACAAGCGAAGUGCCCGAUUCGGAUGUCUUUGACGAUAUCGAUGAUUUUGGCUUGGCUCUUCCACCAUCGAACCAGAAGGCUCAGUCGCAGGAUAGUUUCGCAGAUAUCGACAGUUUUCAAGCGCCUGCUGAGACUGAAUCGCACCAACCGCCUUCGUCGAAAGUAAGACGGCCAGCAUCAGCACCGACGAUGGCUGCGCAUUCGCCUAAGAAACGUCGGGGUAGGCCUCUAAAGACAAACAGUGUCAUACCCUCAGUCACAGCGUCAGCGCCACUUCCCUCACAUAACCCGUCCUUGCCACAGAAAACAUCACAGCGCCACCCGUCCACCCCUAAGGGCUCAGGUCGCUUCGUCGAUAUCGAAGAGAUCCUAGACUCAGAAGAAGAAGCACUCGAAGCAUUCUCACCCACACCACCUCGAGUGCGAAGACUACAAAACUCGCCCUCACUACCGUUGACUCUGGACCUGGAGCGCUCAGUCUCAUCCAAGCCUGGGGUAGAAAAGUCUGAGGCCACACCAAUCUUCCGCAUUCUGAUAUCGCAACUCGAAUGGAUCAACAUCAAGUCCUCGAUAUGUGCGUCUAUAACUGCACAUGUUCGUUCUAUACCGCCUACGACCGACCCGAAGAAGCCGAGUUGGCACGAAAAGAUUCUCAUGUAUGACCCAAUCGUCCUGGAGGAUCUUACAGCCUACCUUAACAGCCAAACUAAGCUGCGUAUAUACAAGCGUGCAACGCAGAAGCAGAUUAAGGCUUACAACAACGAGUUGAAGAUGAAAGGCAAUGCUAUUCUGGGUGUAGAGCGAGACGACCAAGUAUUGGCCAUCGAGAAGGAACUCGAGACACACAUGAUCAGAGACUGGUGUCAGGAGAUGAGCAUUUGCUGCAUCCAUGCAAAGGAAAGCAGAGGCCGUGGAAGUGCGAGGAAGGGAUAUUAUUAG